AUGAGUUCCUCAUAUCUCCAUUGCCAGUGCUACUAGCCCAGGAACACAACUAUACUUCUCCAACAGGCCACCAUCCUCAUGUACUGUAUAAAAGAACAGCAGAAGAAAAAAUCCAGCAGUUUCAGGUGUUCCCUGGAUCCAGUGUGCCUUCUCCUCCCCGAAGUCACAGCCCUCAGGAAGCUCCAACUCUGGAGAAGCCUUCUCCGCAUCGAAGGUUGCAAAAGCAGCACUUUUGUGGAAGGCGCAAGAAAUGUAUAUGCCCCCAAGCCUCCCACAGAUGACACCUACAUAAGGAUGGAUGAAUAUGUCAGCACUGGACGGCUUAGAAGGUCUGCUGGGAAGUCCCAGAGAGGUCUCAAUGUGGAGACGCUUGUUGUGGCUGAUAAAAAAAUGGUGGAAAAACACGGCAAAGAAAAUGUGACCACAUACAUCCUAACUGUAAUGAAUAUGGUUUCCAGUCUUUUUAAAGAUGGGACCAUCGGAAGUGACAUAAACAUUGUUGUGGUGAGCCUCCUUCUCCUGGAACAAGAACCUGGUGGAUUACUGAUCAAUCACCAUGCAGAUCAAUCUCUGAAUAGCUUUUGUCAAUGGCAGUCUGCUCUCGUCGGGAAAAACAACAAGCGACAUGAUCAUGCUAUUUUACUAACAGGUCUGGAUAUCUGUUCCUGGAAGAACGAGCCAUGUGACACACUAGGUUUUGCUCCCAUCAGUGGAAUGUGCAGCAAGUAUCGAAGUUGUACCAUUAAUGAAGACACAGGGCUUGGUCUGGCGUUCACCAUAGCACAUGAGUCAGGCCACAACUUUGGCAUGAUACAUGAUGGAGAAGGAAAUCCGUGCAGAAAGGCUGAAGGCAACAUCAUGUCCCCAACUCUAACUGGGAACAAUGGGGUGUUCUCUUGGUCCUCUUGCAGUAGGCAAUAUCUCACCAAGUUCCUCAGCACAGCCCAGGCCUCUUGCCUAAGUGAUGAACCAAAGCAAACAGGACAGUAUAAAUACCCAGACACACUCCCAGGGCAGAUCUAUGACGCAGAUGUUCAGUGCAAGUGGCAAUUUGGAGCAAAAGCCAAACUUUGCAGCCUCAGUUUUGUGAAGGAUAUUUGCAAAUCACUUUGGUGCCAUAGAACAGGCCACAGAUGUGAGACAAAAUUCAUGCCAGCAGCAGAAGGCACCAUUUGUGGUCUGAGUAAGUGGUGUCGGCGAGGUCAGUGUGUCAAGUUUGGUGAGCACGGACCCCGGCCCAUACAUGGCCACUGGUCGGAAUGGUCAGCGUGGUCGGAGUGCACACGGACCUGCGGGGGAGGAGUCACUCAGCAAGAGAGGCACUGCACUAAUCCCAAACCACAACAUGGUGGCAGGUUCUGUUCAGGGUCUAGUCGCCUGUAUCAGCUGUGCAAUGUUCACCCUUGUCCAGCCAAUAGUGUGGACUUCCGUGCCCAGCAGUGUGCUGAGUAUAACAGUAAGCCUUUCCGAGGAUGGUACUACCAGUGGAAACCCUAUACUAAAGUGGAAGAGAAGGAUAGAUGCAAGCUUUACUGCAAGGCUGAAAAUUUUGAAUUUUUCUUUGCAAUGUCUUCCAAGGUGAAAGAUGGCACUCCUUGUUCCCCAAACAAAAAUGAUGUUUGCAUUGAUGGCAUAUGUGAGCCAGUAGGAUGUGAUUACAAACUGGGCUCCCAAGCAACUCUGGAUGCUUGUGGUAUUUGCAAAGGAGAUAAUUCAACCUGCAAGUUUUAUAAAGGCCUGUACCUUGAUCAGCAUAAAGCAAAUGAAUAUUAUCCAGUUGUAACCAUCCCAGUGGGAGCACGCAGUAUUGAAAUACAGGAAUUACAGAUAUCCACAAGUUAUCUUGCAGUUUGCAACCUGAAUAAAAAGUAUUAUCUCACAGGAGAUUGGACAAUUGAUUGGCCAGGGGAGUUCCAGUUUGCUGGGACUGUGUUUGAUUACCAGCGUCCUCUGAACCAACCUGAACGUCUGUAUGCAGCAGGACCCACAAAUGAAACCCUGGUCUUUGAAAUUCUGAUGCAAGGCAAAAAUCCAGGAGUCUCAUGGAAAUAUACCCUGCCCAAAGUCAAGAGCCCAACACGGACAGUAACACAAGGGCAUAUCUACACAUGGAAGAUAGUGCAUUCGGACUGUUCAGUCCCCUGUGGAGGAGGUCACAUUAUGGUAAAGAGCAUUUGUUUACAAGAUCAUCUGAAGCAAGUGAAUUCAUCUUUCUGUAGUAUGAAGACCAAACCUGUGACUGAACCCCAAAUGUGUAAUGUUUUUUCCUGCCCUGCAUAUUGGGCCCCAGGUGAAUGGAGUUCCUGCAGCCGGUCCUGUGGGGGAGGCCAGCAAAGCCGACUGAUUCAGUGUGUCCAAAAAAGAAGCUUCCAAAAGGAAGAGGUUGUAGUACAUUCUCGGUGCCCAGUGAGCACCCCAUCCCAGAUCCAAGUCUGUAAUAACCAUGUCUGUCCCCCAGAAUGGAGCCUUGGGCCCUGGUCUCAGUGUUCUAAGACCUGUGGGCGAGGGGUGAAGAAGCGAGAAAUCUAUUGCCAAAGCCCUGCCAAAGGCAAUGUCCUACCAGACAACAUGUGCAACUCAUCCCUGAAGCCAGAAACCCAUGAGGGCUGUGUGUUAGGCCGCUGCCCCAGGAAUGACCGGCUUCAGUGGGUGGUUUCCUCUUGGAGUGAGUGUUCAGCAUCCUGUGGUCCAGGCAUAAAGAAAAGGAUGGUCCAGUGCAGUGAGAAAGGCCUGCCAGGAAAGCUGAUGACUUUCCCAGAGCGCAGGUGUCGUCACAUCAAGAAACCAGAGGUAGAACUAGAGGAGGCUUGUCACCAAGGAGCUUGCCCAGUGGCCCUUAGGCCCCCACUGGUAGCCCGAUGGUAUUCUUCCCCUUGGCAACAGUGUACAGUGACAUGUGGAGGUGGCCUACAGACCCGAACAGUGCAGUGUCUCCAGCAAGGACGGCCUACAGCCAGCUGCCUGGUUCACCAAAAACCAUCAGCAGUCAGAGCCUGUAACACAAAUUUUUGCCCUCUACCUAUAAAAAGAGAUGAGCCACCUUGUGUGGAUUUCUUCAGCUGGUGCCAUCUAGUUCCACAACAUGGUGUCUGCAACCACAAGUUUUAUGGCAAACAGUGCUGCAAAUCGUGCUCAAGGAAGAAUCGAUGAUGAUGAUGAUGAUGAUGAUGAUGAUAACAACUCAAAUUUUUCUAGUACCUGAAGGUUUACAAUGCUUCCCCCAAAAUAGCCCUGUGAGGAAGGUAGUGCAAGAAUUGUCCCCAUUUCAGAGAGGAGGAAUCUAAGAUCUAAAGAAGAGAACUCUCUAGACUAGCAGACUCAAAUCCAGGUCAUCUGUUCCAAAUCCAUUAUUUUUAUGACUACACUGUUCUGCCUCUCAAUUUUUUGUAAAUGCCUCUUGGUGACUGGGGUGGGAUUGGUCUCUUCUUUGAACUACAGUGAAUACCCUUGUCUGGGUCACUCACAGUACUUACCAAGCAAGUGGAGACCUGUGCUGUAGGAGUGUGGCCACAGUGAAGUGCUUAAGGGACAAGGGAUUAUUUUUGUUGAUAUAUCAUGC